AUGUCAAAGGAGCAAUACGAAACUUUCAAGCUUGGGGACUGGGGGCUCCAGAGCGGAGAGAAAAUCGAGGAUGCUCAUAUCGCAUACAAGACAUUUGGCGAUCCCAAGACUCCAGCAAUCAUCUAUCCAACUUGGUUUUCAGGAGCUCUCUCUGACAACUUCUGGUUAAUCGGAGACGACAAGCUCCUGAACCCGAACAAUUUCUUCAUAGUAGUUCCAGCUCUGUUCGGAAAUGGCCAGUCCUCCUCUCCGUCCAACCAGCUGAGCCCCGAACCAUUCCCAAAAGUGUCAUUUUACGACAAUGUGCGGGCGCAGCAUGAGCUCGUUACCAAACACAUGGGCAUCACGCAUCUGCGUGCCGUUAUCGGUUGGUCUAUGGGAGGAGCCCAGGCUUUUCAGUGGGCAACACAGUAUCCUGACUUCAUGGAUAUUGUGGUCCCCUUUUGUUCGGCUGCAAAAACUUCGCUGCACAACCAGGUCUUCCUUGAGGGCGUCAAAAGCUCCUUGAUUGCGGUGAAGAAAAGCCGUUCUGCGGGAUCGGGAGAGGGAGUACUCAAUAGAAGGACGGCUGAGGCGUAUGCUUGGACGGCCGAAGAGAAGGAUGUUGGCCUAAAGGCACUGGGCCGUGUGUAUGCUGGAUGGGGCUUCAGUCAGGCCUUUUAUCGACACAGAUUGUAUGAAACUGUGCUGGGUUUCAAGGGACUUGAAGAUUUCAUGGUCAACUUCUGGGAGACCUGGGCUUGUUCGAAAGAACCCGAAAAUCUGCUAGUCUUGCUACAGACUUGGCAAAUUGGUGAUGUCUCGCAGCAAGAUCCAUACAACGGGGACUUUGAGAUGGCAAUGGCAGCCAUCAAAGCAAAAGUGCUGGUUUUGCCGUCAAAAACCGAUCUUUAUUUCCCGCCUGAAGAUUCGGAGUACGAGGUUGCUUGCAUGAAGCCAGGCAUUGGAACACUAGAUGUAUUCCCUUCUAUCUGGGGUCAUUGGGCAGGAGGUCCAGGUGAUAGUGCGGAGGAUGUUAAAUGGCUUGACAACAAGAUCACUCAAUUUUUUGCAGACAACGAUGGUGAUGGUGCCAAUUCUCGGGCCGAGAAGCUCCAAAGCACGCUCAGUUGA